CCGUCCACGGGGAAAGCCCAGGGCUUUACAGGGAAUCCGAGCCACAGGGACCCGGCGGUGCGAGAGGCGGGGCUGGGGGCCGCUGCUCGACAUCCAUUCACUCAACACUCACUGGGCAUGUACGGAGCCCAAACCAGGCACCGAGGAAGAGAGAAUCAUCACCGAUAGCGAGAGCCGUUCGCUGGCAUUUCCGGAGACAUUUACCAUUUCCAGAACUUUUCAAGAAUCCUUUACCUCGUCUGACCUCGCUUGGUCAGAAGUCUGCCAAGUGGGGGUUGCAGAUGAGGAAGCCGAGGAUCAGUGGGCGGAACGACCUCACCACGCAGCGGGGCAGCCUCUAGGCUGGCGGGCUCGGCGGGACGCCGGGCCUGGGACCGCUCCCGGUUACCGUGGCGACCAGCGAGCCCGCGGCGGCUUCCGUAGUCGGCGGCGGUCACGGUCGCGGGCGCGCACCGGGGCGGUCUGCACCGCGCUCCGGCGUCACAUGACCGGCUCUAGGGCAAGAUGGCGGCGGCCGCGAUGCAGUGCCGGGGCUGAGUGACAGCGAGUGUAGGGGGCUUCUACCCGGGUCUCCUCCCCUCGCAGGUGGAAUCGUCGGUGGGACCGGAGCGCGGGUGGGCGCGGCCCCCCAGGACCAUGUCCGGGUCCGACACCGCGCCCUUCCUCAGCCAGGCGGAUGACACGGACGACGGGCUGGUUCCCGGCACCCCUGGGUUACCGGGGGCCCCGGGGAACCCGAAGUCCGAGGAUCCCGAGGUCCCGGACCGGGAGGGGCUGCAGCGCAUCACGGGCUUGUCUUCGGGCCGCUCGGCUCUCAUAGUGGCCGUGCUGUGCUACAUCAACCUCCUCAAUUACAUGGACCGCUUCACCGUGGCUGGCGUCCUUCCAGACAUCGAGCAGUUCUUCAACAUUGGAGACAGUAGCUCGGGCCUCAUCCAGACCGUGUUCAUCUCCAGUUACAUGGUGUUGGCGCCUGUGUUUGGCUACCUGGGUGACAGGUACAAUCGGAAGUACCUCAUGUGCGGGGGCAUUGCCUUCUGGUCCCUGGUGACACUGGGGUCGUCCUUCAUCCCCAGAGAGCGAUUCUGGCUGCUUCUCCUGACCCGGGGCCUAGUGGGGGUCGGGGAGGCCAGUUACUCCACCAUCGCACCCACUCUCAUCGCUGACCUCUUCGUGGCGGACCAGCGGAGUCGGAUGCUCAGCGUCUUCUACUUCGCCAUCCCAGUGGGCAGUGGGCUGGGUUAUAUUGCAGGUUCCAAAGUGAAGGAUGUGGCUGGUGACUGGCACUGGGCUCUGAGGGUGACACCAGGUCUAGGAGUGGUGGCUGUUCUGCUGCUGUUCCUGGUAGUACGGGAGCCGCCAAGAGGGGCUGUGGAGCGCCACUUGGACUCACCACCCUUAAACCCCACCUCGUGGUGGGCGGAUCUGAGGGCUCUGGCAAGAAACCCUAGUUUCAUCCUGUCUUCCCUGGGCUUCACUGCUGUGGCCUUUGUCACGGGCUCCCUGGCUCUCUGGGCUCCUGCGUUCUUGCUGCGUUCCCGUGUGGUCUUGGGGGAGACCCCACCCUGCCUUCCUGGAGACUCCUGCUCUUCCUCUGACAGCCUCAUCUUCGGGCUCGUCACCUGCCUGACUGGGGUCCUGGGUGUGGGCCUGGGUGUGGAGGUCAGCCGCCGCCUCCGCCGCUCCAACCCCCGGGCUGACCCACUCGUCUGUGCUGCUGGCCUCCUGGGCUCCGCACCCUUCCUCUUCCUCUCUCUUGCCUGUGCCCGUGGUAGCAUCGUGGCCACCUAUAUUUUCAUCUUUGUUGGAGAGACACUGCUGUCCAUGAACUGGGCCAUUGUGGCUGACAUUCUGCUGUACGUGGUGAUCCCCACACGACGUUCUACCGCCGAGGCCUUCCAGAUUGUGCUGUCCCACCUGCUGGGUGAUGCUGGGAGCCCCUACCUCAUUGGCCUGAUCUCCGACCGCCUCCGCCGGCGCUGGCCACCCUCCUUCUUGUCCGAGUUCCGGGCCCUGCAGUUCUCGCUCAUGCUGUGCGCCUUCGUCGGGGCGCUGGGUGGUGCAGCCUUCCUGGGCACUGCCAUCUUCAUUGAGGGUGACCGUCAGCGAGCCCACUUGCAUGUGCAGGGUCUGCUACGUGAGGCAGGGCCCGCAGAUGACCGUAUCGUGGUGCCCCAGCGAGGCCGCUCCACCCGGGUCCCUGUGUCCAGUGUGCUCAUCUGAGGGGCUGUCACUCACCCACCUGCACACCUACCCCAUGAGGUGCCAGGCCCAAACCCUCAGCCUGGCCCAGCUUCUGGGAGGAGCCUUGGGCCGUGUUCCAGCUCCCACACACUACACGGGUAGCCAAGUGAGGGGUGGUGGGGGUCUGGGAGGGUGGUCCCCCUCCACUGGAGCAGCCCCAGGGGUUCGGUGCUAUUUGUAACUAAAUAAAAUUUGUAGCCAGA